GUUCAAGAGUUUCUUUCUUGUAUUUCACUCAUACUCCAUCGACCACUUUCUUAUCUCUUAAAAGCACCUGAACAGUUCGGUAUAGGAAGAUCAUGCCAAUUACAGAAACCACCUACCCUCCUUCCCCAUCCACCAUCGAUUCCUCUGGCUCUCCGACAUUCCUUAUUUUCUAUUCUGAUGCUCAAGAUGGGCGUAUGUGGUGUUCUCACUGUAGAGAUGUGGAAGGGGUCGUCAAAUCAGCCUUUCAAGGUGGAUCAAAACCUCGAGGAAUCAUAACAUACAUCGGAAACUACACUCAAUGGAAAACACCAUCACAUCCCGCUCGAUCAGCAUAUGGUGUAAAGAGUGUUCCGACCAUCAUCAAGCUCGAGAACGGUAAAGAGACGGGAAGGGCUACCAAGAUGGAGAUUCUUAACUCAAGCAAGUUUGAGGAGUUCUUGGGGGUAUAAAGCUUAGAUGAAGCACCUGCCGGGGUACAAGUGAAAGCAGGUCAAAAUAUGUAUGUCCUUAAGCUACUAACGGACAAAACGCUUCAUCACCACACCAGGGCCACUCAAUAUGGAACAUCAUUAUCGUCGUCAUCUCACUACUCACUAUCACAAUCUCCGGAUAGCAUUUACCUGAUACUCUGCCUUUUUCACUUUGCAUAUUUCCCCUCGUAGAUUUAUUCGGUAAGCGAGCCAACUGACCUCAGUACAACGGGUCAAUAUCCGCUUUACUCCACGUACAUCUGUUGUCAAUAGUGUGAGUAGUUAAGAUUUUGAUUGUGGGCCUCAAAUCAUGCACAAUUGAAUG